GCCACAGCAGCAGGGACACAUCACAGAGAGAGCGUAUCACAAAUUCAAUAGAUUGUUAAGAGCGAGGCAGUGUUGUCGCGGAAGAUAGAUCUGAUAGACAGUGCAGUACAGUGGUGACCGCUGACAUGGACAGACGCUGUCCAUGGUGCUGUAGUACUGGGACGCGAUUUGUUUCAGCCCUGUGGAUCUGCGGCUCUGUUGUAGCUCUGAUGUGCUGCUCUGAUGUGCUGCUCUGAAGCAGUGCCUGUGUACGAGUGGGCUUGUAUUUCAGGAUUGAAUGUAAGUGCUUUGAUUCAACGUUACGGGGCUCUUAUAGGAAGGUUGUUUUUCUCCCUGCACUCUGAACUACAUACUUACAAAGCGAACAGCUCUUUUGUAUGUUUCAAAGAACUCGGAAGGGCUGUAUACUGUGUAGUAAAAAGGACCUUUAGGAAUGCCGACAGCUUGGCAUAUUCAAUACCUGUGUUACUGCACUGUUCGAGUCCUAUUUGGAAUGACAGUUGUGCUUGCACAGCCGUGUUUCGCUGGAAUGAUCCGAAGUGUAGCUGAUUGCAGAGAGUGACGUGCCCGCAGCAUCUGAACGCUGAAGUUAAUUCGCAUUGAAAAUCGCUGUGAAGAAGGAUAACGGUACAUAGGAAGCGGGUGUUGUUGUUGGUAUAACUGAUAUACCCUUGGACUUUGGCAAAAGAAAAGACAACCAUGAAAUCAACCAGGCUAUACGUGAAGCUAACCAAAACGUCCUUGCUGCAACGGGAGCAAGUUAUCGAUCAGCUUGAUUAAAACAAUCGUAUCGUUUAAACACGACUCUCUUAACAAAGCAUUGUUUGUGGUGCCAUACAGCGGUCUGUUUUAUUCUUCAUGUCCAAAUGCUAAAGUUGUAAGUUCCACGGUGUGCUGUAGAUUUGCGGGAGGCAGCGAAUUGGCUUCAUUCUGGUUGUCACAGUAAUCAAACUGCGGCUGUGCAAGACUUGUAUCCCUCUGAGCGGAAGUCUGCGUGGAAGGAUGGCUCUUCUUGUUCAAGUAGCUUGUGUCCUCCUUUUAGCCCCCCCAUCAAUGGUCAGCCCAGCGGCCAUCAACCAUGAAGACUACCCGGCUGACGAGGGCGACCCUACCUCCAACAACAACGAUCUAAUCUUUGACGAUUACCGGGGGAAAGGGUGCGUGGAUGACAGUGGAUUUGUCUAUAAGCUCGGGGAGCGCUUUUUCCCUGGUCACUCGAACUGCCCGUGCGUGUGUACAGAGGACGGGCCCGUGUGUGACCAGCCGGACUGCCCCAAAAUUCACCCCAAGUGCACCAAAGUGGAACACAAUGGCUGCUGCCCCGAGUGCAAGGAAGUUAAAAACUUUUGUGAAUAUCGUGGGAAGACGUACACAAUCCUGGAAGAAUUCAAGGUGUUUCACCUACAGGGAUCCCCGCUGACAGAGGAUGGGACUGAAUUACCUGUGACCUCCCCACAGCUGCAAUCAAGAACCGGACACUUUAGGCCCUCCCCCUGUGAGUGGUGCCGUUGUGAGCCGAACAAUGAGGUCCACUGCGUAGUUGCUGACUGCGCCGUCCCGGAGUGUGUCAACCCCGUGUAUGAACCUGAACAGUGCUGCCCUGUGUGUAAAAACGGUCCAAACUGCUUUGCUGGAACGACAAUAAUCCCAGCUGGGAUCGAAGUGAAGGUUGACGAAUGCAACAUCUGUCACUGUCACAACGGAGACUGGUGGAAGCCAGCGCAGUGUUCGAAACGCGAGUGCCAAAUCAAACAGAAUUCAUAGACACACAGAGACAGAAAACACAGGCAGGGCACAGACACCUGUUCUGAUCCAGUGCAGUGAAACUCCUUCGCCAAGUUGAUUGAUGAGCGCUGCUAAGGAGAUCAUUUUCAUGUUUCUAAUACAGAAAAUAAAAAAAUAAAAAAGUCACCCUCUGUGCUGAUGCAGAGGUUUAACAGUAUGAUGCCAUCAGUAGAAAUGUGCAGAAACUUCCAAUUAUUAUUCUAACAUAUGCAUGCAUUUUAAGUUGAGGCCCACAGACAUUUACAGUAAAUAAUGGAUUAUAUUGCCCAGCAGGGUUCGUUUUACUCUUGCCAUAUUUUUCACUGAUUUUCACAGUUCCAUUCAGUUUUUUUAAUCCUGUGCCCCAUCUCUCCCCAGUAUAGAUAGAAACACUUGAGUGCAGGGCCUGGUCUGCAAUGAACGGCAGGGGGGCAGGGGGGCAAAGAGUCAAUUUUGUGAUGCAAAUGUUCAAAAUGUUAGCCUCGAUUAACUGGGAACCAAUAACAAAACAAACAUAGCUGCAACAAACCCACUGGGAAUAUCUCAAUUGGAAACUGUGACUUUAUUACAGAAGACUUAACUUGUAUGUAGACCAUUCCCAAAGACCUAAUGCAUUGUUAAAGAUGGUCCUGAAAUCACAGUGAUCACCUUGCAUCCCUGAAGGCGUAUUAUACAAAUGUUUCUUCACAAUUUCUCAAAUAACGAUAUUACAUGAGCUUACAUCUUCCUUUGCUUGAACAAAGUAUCAUCUUAGUCUACGAAAGAAACCUUUGGAAAGUGUCUUCUUCAGUGGAGCCGUUUACAAAGCUUUGUAUUUUAAAUCUUGGGAGUUAAUGAAAGUUUGAUCAUCACUAAACUGUACAACUAGCUCAGUGGUGCACAUUAUUCAAGGUCUAAACUUAAAAAAUGGCUGCAAAUCCACACAAGGUUAUUGCUAUGGCAUUCAUCAGACGGGAUUUCUGUGUUACUGCAGUACAUUUUUACACAUUAUUUUAAAAAGGUUGUCCUGUUUCUUAUGUCAUUUCUAAUGUGUAUUUUAUUUAUGUAAAAAAAGAACAUCUGACUGUAGCUUGCGUUCACGGUUUACUUCAUUGUUGUGUUGUAUUUAAACUGCAAUUGAGCGGAUAGGUUUUGUACAGGGCUGUAGAACUAGGCAGGGUAUGUGCAGAAUAUGCAGAGAUGAUAUCUGUCAGACAGCAUGGAGCACACCUUCUCAACGUCAGCACUUUCUCAUGAAGGGUUCACCUUGGAUCUUACAAAAAUAACCCCCCCCCCCCCCCCCCCAUCCCUCUCUCCUACUGCUUCAGAAUGUAACAUAUAAACACAGGUUUGUAUAUAAAAAAUAAAUAUAGAACAUAGAAAUCACAAAACAAACAAGAAAAUGCCAAGGUCUCUAUUGCUUUUACAAUCAGUCUGCAAAAAUGUCAAUGUGCGUAUGUCGACUGCUUUAGAGUCCCGAUGGCUGUGCUAUUACAGGCAGGGUUUGUAAAUGUCACUGUACUGUGUGUUGAGCAUGUGUUCUUCUGAGCACAAGAACAUUCGGCUGCAGCAGGAAUUACCCUCAAGUAGUACAAUAAAGAUUUGUUUAUUGUUGUUUUUUAUGUUGUUUGUUUCUUUGUUGCUAAACAGUGCUUGUUAAUAUUCACAAGCAGACAUUUGUUCUACAAUAAGAUAUUUUAGCUUCAUUUUAAUUUGGAACAUUAUAUUUACUUGGAUGCUGCACCGUAAUUUCUCAUGAAAUUUCUUUCACUUUAAAAUUCAUCAGUUAAAAUGCUGUAUUUUUUUUUUUAAUGAUUUUAUAUAUAGACAUAGCAACAAUAAAUAACACCCCCCUUCCUCCUAGCCAAUUCUACCCAGUGGCUUGAACGGUUAGCACUAGCAGAAUAUUUUAUCCUGCAUACUGUAGCUGCUAGAACGAUACCUAGCCAUGGUGAAACCAAACAAAGUAUUGAACAGUAAAUACCAGCUGCACAGAGUAGCAUUUGUAUUUUAAAAAAGAAAAAUGUAUAGAAAUUACCAUUCAUCUUUAUUCCAAUUGGGUGAGGUGAUCCUCAAGUUUAACAAUGGUGUCAUGCCAUUUUCUGUGAGCUGAUUUGGAUUUAUGAUGGUUCAAAGUUAGGGAAUGGGAUGUAUCUGGGAUGUUAUUUAGAAUGCUAGUCUUGUUGCUCAGCUUUGCACUUGAGGAACCGUUUGCAGGCAAACUAUUGCUCAUUCAGUUAUCGAACUACUGUUUUGUACCCCUUAUUUCCUUAACCGGUGACCCUACUGAUGUGUGUGCUGCUGAAAUCUACACUGACUUACUGUAGCUGGCAGCGAAAAACAACUGCUCAUUAUUUUUUUGUGUUUCAAAAUGAGUGUGCCUGAAAAUGAAAAAAAUACAACUGUUAAUCACCUAUUCUGCUGUAAUAAAAGAAGAAAUUCUACAUAUACAGUAUAUAUUAACAAAUGUGUGUAAUGUGUACUAAAGAAAAAACCCAAGAUACAAAAACUGGUAAAAGAAAAGCAAAUUGUGUAUUAUAUAUAAAAGACUAUUUUGUUAAAUAUAAGAACAUGUGUUAUUCAGCAAA